AUGGCCGGUGACGUGCAGGAGGAAGCCAGGGUCAUGACCACGGGCCUCGGGAAACUCCACACCUCCGCCAUCAAUGUUAAAGCCCUGUUAAACCACAAGGGAAAGCUUGUUCUUAAGACACAGAGCUUCCCAGGUGAUGCAGACCUGUGGGCACCUCAUGGCACCCGCUGCCCGAGUCCCAACGACCAUGAAUUACAGGCUGUCACUUCCUGUUACGGUAGAACAAUCGAACAGCAUCCGCUGGGUGCAGCCUCUUACUCGGACGGUGCAGACACGAGUCGCAGGCAUGCUUGUGCCCCAGAAGAUGCAUCUCAAGAAGCGGAAUCUGCUCUCUGGACAACAUUAAUUAGUAUUUUGAAAUCCUAAUUGGUACUUGACAUUCUUUUUUGACUCACUGAGCAUCUUCCAGAGUCUAAUACCCUUACUCUGUGAGGCUGAUUGUGAUUCAUGGGAACCUAGCUCCUUUUACCUCAUUAAGCUUCUGGUCACCUUUCAAGUU